GGAGUGCCAAUCAGGAGAGGUUUUAUGACACUCACUAUGGAUCGAAGUCCACAUGUGGGCCUUAAACAAGAUCAGUCCACCGCCGCUGGUUGGGCCUGCUCACCUGCCACCUGCAGUGUCUGCGGUCUCCUGAUCUCUGCUACAAUGAAGUUCAAACUGGGCUGAGUGUGGAGUCCAUGUCCCACUUAUCAAAAUGGACCUACCUGGUUAUCACCUACAGCAAGACCAGCCUCUUGUUCACCACCCUGGUAACUAUCCAGAGGAUUUGAUAAAUUUGGAGGGAUCAUCAACAUCUCAGGAGCAAAAGACAGAGGCAGAGAGUAGACCGGACUCAGAGGACAGCUGUCCUGUCUGUGGAGACAAAGUGUCAGGAUACCACUAUGGACUUCUUACCUGUGAGAGCUGCAAGGGCUUCUUUAAACGUUCAGUGCAAAAUAACAAGCAUUACACCUGUGCAGAGCAACAGAGGUGCCCCAUGAACCUUUCUCAGAGAAAACGUUGCCCAUUCUGCCGCUUCCAGAAGUGUUUAGCUGUGGGUAUGAAGAAAGAAGCGGUCAGAGCAGAUCGUAUGAGAGGAGGCAGGAACAAAUUUGGGCCCCUCUACCGCCGGGACAGACAAAUGAAACAGCAAAAGGUGUAUCACCAGUCAAACACUGAUCCCUACAGGAUAAAGGUAGAAACUGGACAAAUACAUGGUCCCCAAGCUCUAAAUGACCUUCAGGUGGUAACCAGCUGCAUCAGUCAUCCAUCACCUUCUGAAGCUGUUAAUCAACCCCACAUGUAUCCUUCUUGCAUGGGGCAGUCAAGUGAACCCAUGUCUCUGGACUGCACUGUGAACACAGAUAGAGGUCUUACUCCUCCAUCCCUGCCUUACCCUGGACUGUACCACUGCACCUUCCCUGGACACCCUGAGGAGAAACUGGAAGUGCCUUUUGGCUACAGCCCAGUUCCUGUAAACUAUACAGUGCAUUCAACCCCAAACAGCUCAUUCACACCAAGAAGUACACUAGAAUCAUCACCCUGUUCAACAAAAAGCUUAACCACUCCUGUCUCCCAGGCUCCCACUCAAACACCAACCAACCCUCUAUCAUCAGCACUUACACCUAACUUCUUAAGCCAAUUGCUGGAAGGGGAACAGGAUGAGAGCCAGCUGAAUGCCAAAGUUCUGGCCAGUCUUCAGAGAGAACAGGCCAACCGAGGCAAACACGACCGUCUGAAUACAUUCAGCAUUAUGUGCAAAAUGGCUGACCAGACUCUGUUUUGCCUAGUGGAGUGGGCCAGAAACAGUUCCCUCUUUAAGGAGCUCAAGGUGGAAGACCAAAUGGUGCUGUUGCAGAGCUGUUGGAGUGAGCUGCUGGUACUAGAUCACUUAUGUAGACAAGUGACCUAUGGCAAAGAAGGCUGCAUAUAUCUGGUCACAGGACAACAGAUUGAGGUGUCAACCAUCAUUUCCCAGGCAGGAGUGACACUGAGUAGCCUGGUAUCAAGGACCCAAGACCUAGUAUCCAAACUUAAGGCACUCCACUUGGACAGACAUGAGUUUGUCUGUCUCAAAUACCUAGUGCUAUUUAACCCUGAUGUGAAGUCAGUGCAUAACCGCAGGCAGGUAGAGCAGACUCAAGAGCGAGUCAACAGGGCGCUGAUGGAGUACACUCAGCGAAAUCAUCCAGGACAUUGUGACAAGUUUGGCCAGUUGCUUCUUCGGCUGCCUGAAGUUCGCAGCAUUAGCUUGCAAAUUGAGGACUAUUUGUACCAGCGCCAUCUUCAAGGAGAUUUGCCCUGUAACUCUCUACUUACAGAGAUGCUGCACACCAAGCACAGCUGAGAAGAUGAUAUCACUUGCGGUACCAGAGUGGCCACAGUAUGCUGCUGUAAAGUUGGUACGUUCUUUUCUGCCUUCCACAUCCAGCUUUCCAUUACUUUUUAUGAUUGUUGAAAGUAAGGGAAACGCUAUCUAUUACAGAUCAUCAGUGCAAAGAAGUAUUUGCGUACCCAUGCAAUGCUUUGGCCAAGUCUAUUGCCUGCAGUGUUACCAUAGCCAAAUAGCUCAUCAGUUUCUUUAACAGUAUUCUUGAGAAAUGUGA